UUGCGUAGACUACGUUGAACGUGGCUUCCCAGGUAGGCUGCGGAGAAGAGUGUUUACAGGGAUGCACUUGUUUGGAGACAAAGGUACGGUGUGUACAUUGACAUCUAAAGAUGGUUUACGCAGCAGCUACUCUUCGGACCCUGUAACGGCCUGAGUUCAGACUGAGAGCAGUAACUGCCUCGCAGCUGCAGCUGCAACUGACAGCUAGUGGCUGAGCCCAGCUUUCCCUGCUGAUCGUCCAGCCCGUCGCUGUGAUAUGGCGGAGAGCGGGUCGUCAGCUGAAUUCUCCGGCUCCCUGACGAGCUCCAGUCUUCCACCGCCGAGGACCCGCAUCUUCAAAAUCAUCGUGAUCGGGGACUCCGGGGUCGGGAAGACCUGCCUCACUUACCGCUUUUGUGCCGGCAAGUUUCCCGAGAAGACCGAGGCCACGAUCGGGGUGGACUUCAGGGAGAGACUGGUCGAGAUUGACGGCGAGAAUAUCAAGAUCCAGCUGUGGGACACUGCAGGCCAGGAGCGGUUCAGGAAGUCCAUGGUGCAGCACUACUACCGCAACGUGCACGCCGUUGUCUUUGUCUAUGACAUCACCAACGCUGCCAGCUUCCACAGCCUCCCUGCCUGGAUUGAAGAGUGCAAGCAGCAUGCACUGGGCACAGAAGUACCCAGGAUCUUAGUCGGAAACAAGUGUGACCUCCAAGACUCCGUCCAAGUGAGCACGGACGUGGCACAACAGUUCGCGGAUGCCCACUCCAUGCCACUGUUUGAGACAUCUGCAAAGAAUCCCAACAGCCAAGGAGAUGGGAACUAUGGAAACAGUGACCAUGUUGAGGCUAUUUUUAUGACGGUCGCCCACAAGCUAAAGUCUCAGAAGCCCCUGGUGCUCAGCCAGCCACCUGAGGCAUCAGGGGGAACCGUUAACCUGAGCAGGGGGAGGGAUGAUGCAGGAGACGGGACGAGGAGCUGGGGCUGCAGCAGCUGCUGAAAGAGGCACAUGGAGAGGAUAGAAGGAGAUGAGGUCAGCCUGAGGCUGCUCAUGGCCAAUGAGAUUGGAAGCAGAGAGAGCAGAGGGAAGAAUGGAUGUCAAGAAAGAGGAAAUGGUUCCAGUAAAAUGGCUUCACAAUCGGGAAAAACACAGAUGAAUGUCUCCACUAGAAGAGGAUACAUUAGUUCACUGCUUGUGCUUAACUGACUUAUAAUGAUUUGGGCUAGUAUUUACUAUGUGACCGUUUUAGGAUUGGCACAGUACAUGGAAAUUAUAAAAAUGUGGCCAAAAAAAUCUGAUCUUAAAUCAGUAAUCAUUCUUUAGUGAUCGUUUAGCUCCCUCACCUAGCAGAGGCAGACAUGUAGGGGGUGGACAAAAUAACAGAGCACUUUACAAUGUAAUGCACUACAUGCCAUUUAAUUAGGCUUUAUGUUAAAAUAGAGGUGCCACUGUGGUACUGUAAGUUUGUAGACUGCGUUAUGUUAAAGGUGUUGGUGCUGUUUUCUCUGCCCCUUCUUGUACUUUUGGUUUGGAUUCACUGUAAUACUCUUCAGGCAGCUGGUUUUAAUUGUCUCAUAAAAGGCUCCCUGUGAAGUUUGCAUCUAAACAGUGGUAUUUGUACUCCAGAAUACAUCUUUUAAUAUGCUGAAUGCAUAUUCAGCAUAUUAAAAUAUGCAAAGACAGUAUUUUGAAUAUUUCAAAUCUGGGAUCUGUUCUGCUCAUUCCAUGAUUUUUAUUCUGUUCCAGUCAAAUAAUUCCUUAUUUAUCUUCCUCUGGAACUUUUAAUUUCAAAUGAAGCCCCUCUGUUCAUACUAAGAUGGACUAUUUUAUAUAUUGUCCACUACUCUAUAAGCCCACUUUCUUCUGAUUGGCCAACUUCUGGAAGCCUGCUGAGGGGAAGGACCCAGUGUUUUUGAGCUGUACCACCUUCUGCUAACAGAUUACAUUUCUUAGAUUGUUAUCACCCUCAGAUGCUGAUCAGUGGAAUAGCGCUAAAAUGAAUUAAAAGAACCGGCAACAAGCGCAUGCUAGCAAAGUGUGGAGAUCAUAAAAAUAAAGGCUACUAUUGUAAGUUGAAAACUCCUCAGGGUGCCUUUAAAUCUUUUUGCUUAACAUUCAGCGAUUCAAAAACUGCCAAAGGAAUUCCACUUAUCUUAAUUUGUUUGUAACUUAUUCAUAUCAAGCUCACUGAAAUACUAAAGUAGUAUGAAAUGCUCAAAGGGAAUAUCCACAUUUUUCACAUUUACUUUGUUUGGUUGAGCUUUAGCCAGUUUUGGCUUAUCCACUCAGUUCUGAGUGGAUUUAUUGGGUUAUAGAAGAGUGGGGGCUGAUUGUGGGCCCUCUGUGGUCACGUAGCCCUUCUUUUUGCUCCCACUAUAUGAAUUUUAUUAUUAUGCUGGUGCUUUUACGUGAGUUGAGCCUUUUAAAGAAGGACCCACUGUUAAGUCUUUAAACAAGUAAUGAACAAAAAAUAAUAAUAAUUUGCCAGACAGCGAACAAUGGGCGUGAUUUCCUAAACUGUAGUUUGCUCUCUGAUUUGCUUGAUCCACUCAGGUUUAAUCUAUGGCCUGGGUUUCAUCCAGAGUUAAGAGGGGAUGCAGAUUAAAGAUGGAUAAGAAAUUGAAGGACAGGCUAAUAUAGAGUGGUUUUGUAAGGUUUAGGUGAGAGCCUGACUCUGAUAUUAUUGGCUAAUAUUGGCUAUUUGCUGACUCAUCGGUAUCGGCGUUUAUUGCAGCCAAUAAAUGAACAUUUAAAAAGUAAAGAGAUGUUGGUGUUGCAUAGUUUAUCCACCAGGGGGCACACUCCAAUUUCUCUGUUGUUAGGAACCACAGCCAACCAGCUGAUCUGAGUCAAACAGAGAAAAAAAUGACUAAAUGAAUACACAUAAUGGCCAUUAGGGAAAUCUGCUUAUGUCUUGUGUGUCUGAAAGAAAAAGAAAAAUAUCUGCCGCGAUAUCAGAACACCAGAUUUUUAAUUCACCACAUAUUUCUGUCAGUAUGGGUCUUAAAAUCCUGUCAGUCAGGUUCUUGUUUUGUCCUACCCAAAGACUUUCAGUGCUCCUCAGCACUGACUUCAAGUCUGUGGAACUUUCCUGCAGGGCUGAAACGACACUGACAUGUUAGACCCCACCAUCACCAUGGAACACCAUAUUCAUUUUAUGGUUUGUGAUGUGUCAGUUUAAAAUAUUCCAUAGGUGUUUAACUAAGUUAAGAUCUGGUGACUGAGAAGACCACAGCAGAUGAUUCAAAUCAUCUUUCAUUGAGUCUUUGUGGAUGGAAGGAUUGUCCUCACACACCCGUCAGGAUAGGAAUGUUUCAUCAUAGCAUAAAGGUGACGAUUCAGGACAACUUUGCAGUAAUUUGCAGUGACCCAAAUGAUUUCAGCAUAGCCCCCCCCCCCCCCCCC